AUGUUAACACGUUCUUCGGCACCAAAGAAAAGAAGUUCAGACUCUAGCUCUAAAAACUUAUCUCCUUCUUCGCCUAUUGGACCUCAGGAAUUGAUAUUUCGUAAUUUCCGUCUUCGUCGAAUUGUUAAAGAAAAUCAUGGUCAUGAUAUAAAUCAAUUGGCUUUUUUCUUCAAUUUAAAUCAUUAUACUGCACCAGUUGGCGCUCUAUACAAGAAAAAAUUUAAUAAACUUGGAUACGUUGAAAGAAAUGUUAGAGAUACCAGCAACGUUUUGGCUAGUUCGAAUAUUUAUGACAAUGAGCAUUGUGGGGACCAUUUAGAUAUUAUGUCAAAUUUCGUUGUAGGAAACAAUUUGAAUUUGGAGUCUGGCGAAUUAAUGACGUGCUGUUGGUUACAUCGAGACGAUGAUGCAUUACUUGCUUUAGGUGGAAAAUCACGUGUCAUAUAUAUUAUCUCCAUUGCACUUUCCAGUACUCCGAGAACAUUAUGGGGGCAUACUGAUUGUAUUACGGAUAUUCAAAAACAUCCUAAAGACGAUCAACAUAUAUUGUCCGCAUCAAAAGACGCAACUGUACGACUUUGGCAUGUUGAUAGUGGCCAGUGUCUAUACGUGUUUCAAAUUAAGGCCUCAGUGACAUGCUGGCAUCCAUCUGGUCAAUCAUUCCUGACUGGAAAUUAUAAUGGAGAGAUUAGAAUUUGGCAAACUCCAGAUUUAUUAACACCACCGACCGAAUCAUUAAAUAUAACCGAAAACGAUAUUGAAACGCGAUCUAGAAAAUGUCACUCAAGUCAAAUAGGUUAUUAUUCUCGACUUUUCUCUGUGUUUGUAGAAUUAAUCUUGUUAAAGAAUAUUUAUCAACACAUUUAUAUAGAUUGCAUACGAUUUGCUAAUCAAAAUGUAAUAUCCAAAUCUUUAAGUGGUAAAAUCGAAUAUUGGAAUUAUGAUACACUAGAGGUAAUAAAAGCUUUUUCCAUUAAGAAUAAUUCUCCAAACAGAUCAAGAUUUGACGUGAGUCUUGACGAAAAUUUUUUGUGCGUGGGUACAAGUAAUGGAAGCGUCAACAUUUAUAAUAUUUUGAAUGGUAAACUAAUUUCAGAACUUAGUCAUCGUAGAUCAACAAAGGCUGUAAGGUGUUGUGCAUUUUCCAGAGAUUGCAAGCAAGUUAUUGCAGCUGGAGAAGAUGGUUACAUAUGGAGAUAUGAUUAUAUUAGUGACGAAACACUAGAGAUUAAUUAA